GCCACGUAGAGUGUUGUUAAACACAGAGACCAAGAGCUUGCAUAGUUCACCGAAAGUGAUCAGACUUGUCACACAGGCUGGUUCAGGAGUCUUGAAUCCCUGCAUUGUCCAGGGUACCGAGUACAAGCGUUGAGAUGUCACAUGAAAAGGCCGGAAGUAACGUGGAGGGUGUGCAGCUCAGUCAAUGGUUGUUCUCACGAUCUCGGCGACUUACUAGCAAACAUUCUGCUGCUCAAUGGCGCACUGACGACGUCUCCUCACGUGGUGACAAAACGCUUGGAAGUAAACUGCCGAGAUCGGAGGACAGCUCAAUCCAACCGUGUACAAAGCCCCCGACACUAACCCACGAUGGACACCGAGACAGUCACGCUAUCUGUCAUGUGAUGCCCAACAGCCAGUUGCCCAAAAAUGAGACUUCGAUUUCCGGAAACAUCUACUUUCGAAGACAGGAAGGUGAUACGACUGGGAUCCUUCUGGACCUCCACGGAUUCUCAAGCAGCCGGAAGCUUCAUGGUAUCCACAUCCAUGAGUUUGGAGAUUUGACAAGAGGGUGUGAGACAUUGGGAGGGCACUACAACCCUCAUCACAGGCGGCAUGGCAGUCACGCAGGAGACCUGGGGAAUUUUCGACCCAACGCCACGGGAAACAUCUACCAAACAAAAGCACAAAGGCACCUGCAUCUCCACGGGCCUCACUCAAUCAUUGGCCGUUCUGUGGUGAUUCACGAGAACGAGGAUGACAUGGGUGUCCUGGACAUGCCCGGCAGCGCAGAGCAUGGAAAUGCAGGUCUCCGACUGGCCUGCUGUGUGAUCGGGGUCUCCAGCCAGAGGAGCUGGCCCCAAGAGUGAGGGAGCCAGAGCCAUACAGCCCCCCAGCCGGAGUCUCUCCCUCGGUGUCCUGCCUCACCCGCUCAGUGGAACCAAACCCUAGACUGCAGGCCCAAAUUCCAAAUCCAGGUCCAAAGUUUCAGAUCCAAGUACAGGACUUCAGGCUCCACGUCCAAGUUCAACUUUAAUCAUCACUCAAUGAUACACAUGAAUACAACCAAAUGGAACAGCAUUCCUGCAGGGCCAAGGAGAACCAACAGUCAUAUGCAGCACAUAUAAUUAUGAUAGCAGAAAAGAAGGUUGUUACAAAAUAAUUACUAUUAAGAGAAAUAAUAAUCGUAUAUUUCAAGUCUCUGAGAGUCAUAGUCCGCAGGUUGACUCACGUAUCCAACCCUCGAUGCCACCUCCUCUCCGUAGGAAGGAGAGCCCUCAGGAAGUGGGAAGAUAGAGAUUAAAGCUGGUGGUUCCAAGACUGUGAUCUAUCGGACCAGGGACUCUCCAGCACAGGACCCGAAAGCCCUGGCUGGGAGUCAUCGAUCCCGACACCUUGUCCCAUUCCCUGGGAUGGCCAAUCCGAAGACCAGCGGCAAGAGUUCAGGUUCCCUGCUCUCCCACCCAGACCCCGGCGCUGGCGGGCUUCACACAAUAAAUAAACGAUCACUA